AUGCCAUCACAUCAAUCUGCCCAGCGCAGAGUAACUGUGCCUCUCGAUAUUCACUACCUCUAUGGAGGCAACCAGACAUGGGAUUCCGCACUCUGGACAACGUCCGAUGACCGCGUCCGUGGUGGUUCAAGCCAGUCGUAUCUCUCAGUCUCUGAUGCCGACAAGACCCACGCAAGCUUCAACGGCCAUCUUGAUACCUCUACACUCGGUGGCGCAGGUUUUGCCUCCCAGCAUAGCCGCGGCGAGCUGACGCUCGAUCUAUCCAGCUAUGAAGGCAUCCUUAUCAUCGUCGCGGGACAGCAUAAGCCUGAUGGCAAGCGCUAUGUUCUGACGCUCAAAGACGAGCUUCUGUCGCCGCGUAUGGACGGCAGGGAAACAAGCUCCAUCAGUUGGGAGGCUGAGUUUGCUGCAGAGCAGCCGGGCGAAAUCAAGCUGCCAUGGAAGGUGUUUAAGGCGACGUAUCGUGGCCGAGAUAAGCCGGAUGCUAAGCCGCUAGACCGUGGUAACAUCAAACGCUUGGGACUAAUGAUGAGGAGUUUUUUCGACGAGCAGGAUGGCGAUUUCGCACUCGAUCUGUCCGCUAUCGCUACGUACAAGGACGUUUCUACUCCAGGCCGACAUACGGAUACGAACGCUGAAGACGAUGGUAUUAAUCUCAAGGCUCAUCGAUCUACCAGACAAAAGAAAAAGGCACAGUGGAAAACCCUUCUAUGCGGGCUUAUAUAG